UGCACAAAUCAGUCGCUUUUUAAAUUCAUUAAAAAUAUUUUCUCGAUUUUUUGAAAAAAAUAAUUGAAAAUAAUUUAAUUUUUUGUCAAAUUUGUGUAGAUUACAGAACGUAAAAGUGAUUCAAACUCGAAAACUUCAGUUUUGUAUCAAAAUAUUGGCAAAAUUUGAGAUAGUCAAGCGUAAAAAAUAAACAAAUAAAUGGAGUAUCUAACAAUCGAACAGCAACUUUUCGAAAAGCAACAAAAAGGAGAGAACACAGAUUGUUCCUUUGUCUUCAAAAUCACCACAGAAGAGGGAAAAAUGACAGAAAAAAUUAUCCACGGACACAAAAUCCUUCUUUCAGCUGCAUCAAAAUACUUCGAAGUAAACUUCAAAGCAGAAUGGGAUGGAAACAAACCGAUUCUUAUUACUUCGUUUGACUGGAUUGUGUUUGAUAAACUCAUCCGGGCGAUUUACCUGAGUGAAGUAACGUUUGAAACUUUGGAAGAGGCAAUCGAUAUCUACGAAGCGGCUCAUUUUUAUCAAAUAGAGCGCGUUCUUGAGCUUUUGCGAAAUGCGAUUCAAGGUUAUUUUUUGGAAAAGAAGACUGUAGAAAUUUCUCCACUUGCCAAAAUUGCAUGGAAAUUUCAAGAUUACAAAUUAAUUCCUUUCGUUUCGAAAUAUUUCUGUGCAAAUACUGACAAAAUUAUCAAAAAUGAUGAUUUUAUGGGAUUUUCCACUGAGGCGAUCAACUGGCUCUUCCAAUAUGACGACUUGUCUGCAAAUGAAAUUGAUCUCGUAAAAGCUUUGGAAAAAUAUCUUCAAACCAACAAAGACGUAACGAAAUCGAUGAUCAAGCCAGCAAUCGAAAAAAUCCGCUUUCUCGCAAUAAAAGAUGAAGAAUUUGCGAAAACAACUCUUUUGACGCAAACUGAGAAGGAUUUCUUGAGGGGAAAAAUCAACGUUAAUUUUUCUAAUUUAUCGAAGAGCAAGUGUGGCAGAAAAACUAAGACUUUCUUUGCUCAAUUACCCGAUAACAUAAAACUUGAACUCGCAGAUAAACUGUCGUUUGAAAGAUGUUGGGUCUGCAAACAGUAUCAUAGUGUUGUGUGUUGUUCUAAAGUAAAGCAAUUGUACCAUGCAUACCAUUCAGUUCAAAAUUAUUGGAAUUCAGUUAAAUUAAACGAUAUGUCCUCUUCUAACUUGUCUGCAAUUUUGAGAUCGUUUCAACAAGAAUCAAAAACAAAGGUUGAAUUUUCAUCAUUUGCUAAUAUAGAUGACGUUUUACGCAAUAUUCAAACUGUAUAAAUACUAGAAAUCAACUUUUCAAAACAAGCGUACAUUAUUUUAUAUUCUUUUC